AACGCCGAUUUUGUCCGUUCAUUGGCGACUAUCAUCUCGAUCCGACAGUGCAUGCAUUAAGUUCAAACAGCAGAGGUCCAUUUGUAUGCUGGUGGAGAAUCCCAGGAGACAGAAGAAACUUCAGAGCUUAAUCAGCAGAGAACAUGAGGAAGAGCCGGAGUGUUUUGGCAGUGACACCUGUUGAUGACAGCAGGGACCCCUCGGGAUGCACUUCUUCAGGAGCCACAUUGGGUGUGGAUCUCUGGCGAGGGCCCAGACGGCACUCAGGAACCCUUGUGUUGCCGCCAUUGUCAUGGAGACAGGCAGAGAGGGCCCGCUGUCCUCAAGAAUAUUACAUUUCCAGACCCACCUCACUGGGCUUCAUUACCCCACCGCGUAUAGACAUCACACCAGUGCCCUCUGAUGGUUUGGAGGUGGAGAAUGGCCCCUCUAUGGGCUGCAGUCCACUGGACCUGCAGGCAUCUCCGGGCUCCGGUCUCGCCCUGCAUCCCAGCAUGGCCAGUCAUGGUCAGCGGCGGGAGUCUUUCCUCUAUCGCUCGGACAGCGACUAUGACCUCUCUACGAACUCCUCCCUUGUAGGAGAACAGCUACAUGGUGAAGACCUGAUAGUUACUCCUUUUGCUCAGGUGCUUGCAAGUCUACGCACUAUUAGGAAUAAUUUCAGCAUCCUGACAAAUGUACAGUGCCUCUCCAGCAAAAGAUCACCAGUCAGCAGUCAGCCCACAAUGACCAAGGCCAACCUGUCAGAUGAAUCCUAUCAGAAGUUGGCCGUGGAGACCAUGGAGGAGCUUGACUGGUGCCUGGACCAGUUAGAGACCAUCCAAACGUACCGCUCCGUCAGUGACAUGGCCUCCAACAAGUUCAAGAGGAUGUUGAACCGGGAACUGACACAUCUGUCAGAAAUGAGUCGCUCUGGAAACCAGGUGUCUGAAUUCAUCUCCAACACCUUCUUGGAUAAACAGAAUGAACUGGAGAUCCCGUCGCCCACUCCGAAAUUGCGGGAUAGGAAGAGGAGGCAGCAGCAGCUAAUGACUCAGAUCAGUGGGGUGAUUAAGAUCACGCAUGGCCCUGGUCUUUCCAGCAGCUGCAGUACGGCCCGCUUUGGAGUAAAAACUGAUCUUGAGGACUUGCUCUCUAAGGACCUGGAGGACAUCAACAAGUGGGGUCUGAACAUCUUCAAAGUUGCAGAGCAUUCUCACCAUCGGCCACUGACAUGCAUCAUGUACGCCAUCUUUCAGGAGAGAGACUUAAUGAAGACAUUCAAGAUCCCAGUGGACACCUUUGUGACAUACAUGAUAACUCUUGAAGACCACUACCAUGCUGAUGUUGCCUAUCACAACAGUCUCCACGCGGCUGACGUUGCGCAAUCCACACACAUCCUUCUGUCCACACCUGCACUGGAUGCAGUCUUCACAGAUCUGGAGAUUCUGGCAGCUAUUUUUGCAGCAGCCAUCCAUGAUGUGGACCACCCAGGGGUCUCAAACCAAUUCCUAAUUAAUACCAAUUCAGAACUGGCCCUCAUGUACAAUGAUGAGUCUGUUCUUGAGAAUCAUCACCUAGCUGUCGGAUUCAAGCUUUUGCAAGGGGAAAACUGUGACAUCUUCCAGAACCUCACCAAGAAGCAGCGACAGAAUCUCAGAAAAAUGGUCAUUGAUAUGGUACUAGCAACAGACAUGUCAAAGCACAUGAGCUUACUGGCUGAACUAAAGACAAUGGUUGAGACCAAGAAAGUGACCAGUUUGGGAGUGUUGUUGCUUGACAACUAUACAGACAGGAUUCAGGUCUUACGCAAUAUGGUUCACUGCGCUGAUCUCAGCAACCCCACCAAGUCCUUAGAUCUCUACAGACAGUGGACGAACUGCAUUAUGGAAGAGUUCUUCCACCAAGGUGACAGAGAAAGAGAGCGUGGCAUGGAGAUCAGCCCCAUGUGUGACAAACAUACUGCUUCAGUGGAGAAAUCUCAGGUUGGUUUCAUUGACUACAUUGUUCACCCACUUUGGGAGACAUGGGCAGACCUGGUGCAUCCAGAUGCACAGGAUAUAUUGGACACUUUAGAAGACAACCGGAACUGGUACCACAGUAUGAUACCGCAAAGUCCCUCGCCGCCCUUCUACGAGACGGGAACUGAUGGCAAAGACAAGUUUCAGUUUGAAUUGGAGGUUGAGGAAGAAGCUAAGCAAGAGACAGAGAAACUCUUAGACACAGACUGCGUAGAGAUACAUUUGCCUUCAUCUGCUGAGACGUAGCACCUCACUAUAAUGGCUGCUGUAUUGGCCACAUUUGACUGGAGAAAUAUUAUUCUCAUGCUUACUGAGAAUCCCUCAGAGAAGCACUCUGUCUUGGGACUUUGCUGUUGUUACAGAGCCCAAAAGGGGAAGAGAACGUCCUCUGGAAUCAAGUUGGAAUUUUCUGGAAUCCAUUCAAGUUGGACAUUGCCAAAAUUUGAUGGUCGUACCAAAAGUGCCCAUCUGCUUGAACAAUUCCCUAAGCUGUAAUUUUAUAAUCAGAGGUUUACAGUCUGAUCUGAAUGUGGGAGUGGGUUUCUGUGAAGGAGAAUUACUGACCCUCGUAUAAGAGGGGUUUGUACUACAAUGUCAAAGUGACUUUUUAUACUUUUUUGUAUUUGUGUGUUUUGUGACUUUUUUUGGUGUCACAUAAAACUACCCUUUUUUACAUGUCAAAUGAGAGGAAUGUUACAGUGCUGAAAGCAAAAAAAAUGGAAAUCCCAGGCAUGUAUUGGGAAUGCAGUCUUCCUAAGUUUUGGACAAUAGCAUAAUCUAAUACUUGUGCCAGAAUACUUCAUUCAAAUAAUACAAAAUCUUUGUACUUUGUAACAAAUUGUUUCACUUUUUAAAGGUGUUCUUAUAAACCGAUUCUUCUGGUACAAAUAAAGGUACGUUUUUUGGAUUUAUUAAAAGUAGGAUCCAAAGAGUCCAGCAUUUUAGUUGUGGACAAACACCAGGAAUGUUCCGGGUUCAAUACAAGUUAGGUUCUAUCGACAGCAUUUGUGGCAAUUAUGUCAGUUACCACAAAAAAUUUCAACUAAUAAUUUAGAUCCCUCUGUUUAAAAAAUAAAAAUAUCAGUUACAGUAGUGUAGAUAAGGUUGAAUAUGGACACGGACAAAAAUAGCAGUUAUAUUAAGACAUUUACAUUACAUUUAUUCAUUUAGCAGAUGCUUUUACCUAAAGCGACAUACAAAUGAGGAAUAUAGCAAAAGCAAUUCAUCCUAAGGAGGUAAUAAUAAAAAAAAGUGCUCAUAUUAUUGCCUAUAUUAUUAUAUGCCAUUAUUCUAUUAUUAUUGCCUAAGACACUUGCAAUGGAAGUAAACAGGACAUGCACUGAAGAUUUAAAAGCAGAAAUGUGAAUCUCAGAUUGCUGUUAAAGAAAUUGCUUAAAACUUGCACUUCCUUAAAAAUCUGUUGUAUUGGAGCUAUAAAGUUGCCUAAAUUGACCUUUUAGCAUUGGGACUACUGUUUUAGCUGGAAGAACUUCUUGUUAUUUGCACUAACAUGGUCAUAAAAAUGUAGUUCUUUAUUUCCAUUGUAAGUGCAUCACUGUUUGUUUGUUUGUUUGUUUGUUUUACAAACUGAGGGUCAAGUUGAAAAGAUUUUCUGUGGUAAUCAAUAUUAUGCCAAUCAAUGACAAAUGCUAUCAAGAGAACCCCAAAACUUUCUUUAAACCACUUUAAUAAGGGAGACAAAUAUCCCAACACUUAAUAGUGAUAUUUAAACGAUUUCUAACUAAUUGUUUUUUUUUAAAACAUUUACGAAUUACCUCUUUGUCUCGUUAAAUGUCAUUAGUAUACUGUCAUCUCAAAUUAACAAAAAAGACUUUAAACACUUAAAUCCUUUUUCAUAAGAGCAAAAAAUUUCUCUUUACAUGUGUUAUUCGUUCAUAUCUAAUUUCCUAGAAGCUAACCUUUUAACCGUAUUCACAGAACGCAGCCAACAAUAAACCUCAAUUACACAAUCACUGAUGUCAAACAAUUCAGUUCCUCCUGAUGUUUGUGCUUACUGGUCAGGAACUGGAUGUGGUAAAUGCACGUCACUCAAACUGAGAUUAGCCUUUAAAUCGCUUAAUUCUAACUGAUCUGAAUCUCCAUUUCAUAAUGAUAUGUAUGCUGUUUUUUUUUUUUUGUUGUUGUUUUUUUUUGUUGUUUUUUUGCUUACCCUUUGUGUCAAUGCAUUUUUUCUCAACCUUUACCAACAGAGGACUAUUAGUCAAAGAAGCCUCAAUACAACUGACCACAGUUUAAGUGACAUUUAGUAUGUAUAAUUUGCCCAAAUCCCAUUUAUGGUUAUGGUAUGAAGCUGGAUAUAACUGCAGACAUUGUCUGUUUUUUACUUAUGUUUGUAUCAUUACAAAGCUGAUUUACAUGGACACUGUAGAACAUUUGUGAUUUCACUGGUGGAAUCACUAUUAUAUUUCCUAUUAUAUUUAUUAUUAUACUAUCAUUUUUAGUAGUAAACUUACAUAAAGGUUGUGUUGCACUUUUCUUGUUCCAAAAAGAGAUUAAAAUGAGAAAUAAAUGAAAAUGUU